GAAGGGUUCAUCUUAGUCUAAUGCUUAAUGUUUACAGGGUAGACGAAAUAAUUCAGCUGUUGAAAGAUGUUCUGUUUUAGAUUUAAGUGUCAGAAGUUUUGGGCCUGGAAGCAACAAUUCAGACCUCAGCUCUCUCAGCGAACAAGAACACCAUGGACAUCAACCUGAAGGGUCUGGCUCAAAACAACAAUGGUUCUGCAGCAGCCGCCCUCUUGGUGUUAAACGGGAUGGAGAGCCUCCUCAGUCAUGAGUACUUUGAAACAGAAAACAUGACAGAGAUGUACUCUGAUGUCAUCACGGCGACCUUUCCCUCCGUGAAUAACACCAACCUCACCGAGCCGGUCAACUUCACCACCGCUCACAAGAAGACGGUGCCAGACUCUGGUUUGAUGACGUGUGUGUACUGGGAGGACAAAACAGAAGACACAGGAGGAAGAGAAGGAGGAGAAAACAGCAAGAUGAUGCGUUGGUCAGUGGAGGGCUGUCAUGUUUCAUACACCAAUGAAAACUUCACCGUGUGCAGCUGCUCUCAUCUCUCCACGUUUGCCCUCAUCAUGCAGAUAGGGGAAGUAUCAGAGAUCUGGUAA